ACCACAUCAAUUCAUCACAAGCAAGGACAAAAUCCCAAUGACCUCGACCGUCGGACCGGCGGGAUUCCACUCCAUCUGCGAGCAAGCAGGACUGAUCCUCGGGACGAAUGGCAUUCCUAAUGAGCUUCAGGUUGAACCCUCCCGUUUCCAGCGCGAAACAGCUCGACUUCUUCAACGCUCGCCCUCAGGAACAUAUGGCGUUGAGUCAUUCUUAGAGGGCCUGCAGGAACAUCUGGAAGAGCACGAGAACUUGAAAGCUGCUCUUAUACCCGUAUCUUUCUCCGCUGAUAAGGAGUCAUCGUUCUCAUUAGGCGAAAGUUUGAUCCGCAUGCUUUUAGGCGUUGAUGCUUUGCAGCCAGAAGUCAUGGAAGGAUUACUGGACAGGAUACUUCAAUUCCUGGAUGACGACGAAAAAGAUUCUCCUAUCCCAAAGCUCAUUCUACAGCAAUUUAAGUGGCUAGACAAUGUCAGUAAGCCUAAACAGCUCUCCGCCAAGCUACUAGAGAUUGUUAGUCUUUCUCCAGUAUUUAUUCAAAGGGAUGUUAUUACCAGUCUGCCGGAGAUCGUUCCCGAUUCUGAACACAGGACUGUAGUUAGUGGGCUUAUCGAGAUGAUGGAGAGUACCUCAGAGCUGAUGGUACCGAUCUUGGAUGCUCUGUCGAACCUCAACUUGCAGUCGGAUAUAUUGAUCAGUGCUAGGCGCCAUGUGAUGGACAAACUGGAGUCUGCAGAACUCGAUGACUUGCCUAUUGUCAUCAAAUUUUUGCUGCAGACUGUUGAGCCAGACACAGUCGGUGAAGUCAUCGGCACUGUUCGUUCCAAUCUUGACUUUGGUUCGAUCAACAGGCUCCAAAGAAAUCAUAAUCUGAAAUCGAGAAAAGGGGCCUCUAGUCAGACGCCAGAGGUCUUGAUUCUCGAUGCACUGAAAACCGGUAUCAGAUUCCAGAAGUUCGUCACCGAUGCAUGGUAUAAGGCGCUGAUUGCCAUUCCUAAGCCCGGAUUGCAUAAAGUGAUAGAUGUUAUGGUUAUCUUUAUUCUGCAUUCAAUUGUCAGCAUCAAGAAGAAGGUAGAGGUAUUGAUCCGGCAAAAGAUUAUUGACGGCAUGUUGACGAAAAAGCUACUACAGGAAGCGAUCCUUGUACACGGUGCAUCACUCAGGGAGUACAUGCCUGCCAUCCUCUCAAUCUCGGAAAAUCUCUUGCGAUUUAGCCAUAGUCACCCGAUCGUUGCUCGGACUGCCUCUAUCCUGUACACCAGCGCUUUUCAAGUCUCAGAUGCCUAUUACCGACAGGAGAUUGUUGGCUCGCUACUUGUUCAUAUUGGAAGUGGAUCAGCGGUGGAAAUCGACUCUUCAUUGGCCGUACUACAGACCAUUGUGAAUACUUCAAGAGCAACCCUCAAUGAAUACAGUACAUUCAUCAAAGGUGUCCUGGACUAUCUCGACAAUCUUUCGCCUGAGCAGAUUCGAUUAUUUUUUGUAGUCCUUGGAUCUCUUGCACGGGAGGAUGAGAUUGCAGGCAACAGCGGGACGUUACUCACAGACCUAAAUAUCCUAAUUCGGAAACAGCUCUCGAACCCCAUGGAGGGUUACAAAAGGAUUGGAGUCAUGGGAGCGAUCGCAAUGGUUCAGUCAUUUGGGGUCCGAGAAGGCGUCGACAAUGGCCGUGGUUCUUCAAGUCAAGCUGCGACUAGUCAUCAUCAAGCAGAGUCGGACCCUUUUCUCAAAAUCUCAGUUUCAUACCUUCGAAUGAUCAGGGAUGCGUGCCAAAAGUCGUCGGUCUGUCUGGCACUGACAUACGAUGAGUUGGCGAGCCUCGUUCUUUCUGGCCAGCUUGACCAAAAAUUGGUGCUCUGGAUCAAGGAAGAGUUCUCGGAUCAGUUCGCAGCGACAUUUGUUUGCGGUGUCAACGAGACGUUUCCAAUGAGACGUAAUCGGAACAUUGCCUUGGAGUGUUGGAUGAAUCUUGAUGGACCGGAGUCAGAGCUCGCUAUAGCCAUCAUACCGAGUCUAUGUGCAGACUUGCUGAGCUCCGCAACACAAGGCACAACCAUUGAAACUUCCGAUGGGACUGUAUACCUCUGUUCUUUAUUCAAGCUGCUGCAGGCCACGGAGAAAGCGACAGGAGGGAAUGGUUUGGACGAUAUUGAUGGGCUUCUUGGCUGCGGUAUCACCAUGUUUAAACAAGAAUACCUCGAGGAUAUAGCAGAGGUCUACAGCACUGAAAUCUGCCAUACCAUUGCCCAAGGACUCCUCUGUGCUAUCAACUGGUUCCGCGAAAUCUCAAAUGCGUUCUCGUACGAUGCAGGAGAUCAAACAAUGGCUCGAAUCAUCAUCCGACUGCAGCAAAUAUCUGAACUGGAAGACAUACUGCGACACGUCUUGAAAUGCGUGCCAGGGUUCAAACCGCUCGAGGCUAGUCAUGCUAAAGCGAAGGAUAUGCCUAGAGGGGUUAAACCCAUGGCGAAUUCUCUUUCAAUUCAGUCUACAAGCACAGCUGUUCUGGGGAAACAAUCAUCGCGGACAAUGAAUGUGGUUGGUGGACCGAAGCCCUUUGUUGUGUGCUCCAGCGAGGUCGUAACAUACGAAUCAUUAGCGCCGUAUCUGCGAGAGCUCGAGAUCGAUGUCUUCCAUGUCCUACGCGUCCACGACCCGAUAACCCGUGAUGCUUUUGAGAUCGUCGAAGUCACUCGGAAUAAGAAUGUCCACCUUCACUACCCGCAGCUGCAGUUUCUGCUGAAGGAUCUCCAUGCCAAAGUUGUGUUCAAACUCCCAGCAUCUGUAUCCCAUGCGUCUUUUGGAAAGAAAGCUACGGCGCUUUCGACAAACAACGCUAUGCUGGCCCGCAUGGAUGUCACGGAAUUUGUGCGUGGGAUUCUGAGGAUCGCGCCUCACGUCGUGACCAAAGCAAGGAUGAUUCUUCGCAUGCUGUCCAACAGAGAUGAGGCUACAGACCACAGCGGACGGCUGUUGGACACCGCGAUCAUUCUCGACUGUCUAAAUCUUUCUUUGAAGGUGCUACACGUAUUGCUCUCGUGGAAUGAGAUCAAGGGAAGCGAUCAGAAAGAGCUGCGUCUCGAGUUGCUGAAAUCUCUUGCUCAGGAUAUGAAGACACCAGAGCAGAUUAAGCAGAUAAAACGCUCAAUUAACUUGUCUGAAGUUGCAGUGGAGGUCUUCUCUUCUCUAUCUACCUGGCACGAAAUGAUGCCCAGCUUUGAGAGCUCAGCCAUGCUGCUCGAGGUUUUAGAGAAGGUGCUGGACAUGGUUCCCAAGAACAUUGAGACAUCCUUAAAACUUUCCAAACUUUCGACAACGUUCCUCUCGCACAAAUGGCCGUCAACAAUGGCUAUCAAGUCAGAUCGUUUGGCUUAUAUACUUGGGCAGCAAAUUGGAAAAUCCGAUGUGCGACUAGAGAUGAUCAACGAAUACGUUACAAGGGUGUUGCCAUCUUUUCUGAAUCAGGAUGAUGGCAGUGCAGAAUUGCAUCCAAUGCUCACCCCCAAUACUUUUACCAUAUACACCAAGGUGCUGCAUAUUCAGCUGGCAGCAUUAGUUGGCGAGUUUGCAGAGGAUGAUUUUGAUGAUACUCAUGCCGCAUUUGAGCACAUCUCAGGGCUGUGUCUCUGCUUUCAGAGGCUGGCUGCAUUUGUAAAGUCGAGUGAUAAGCGUGAAGUACUGAGUGUCACGUUGAAGCACUCGAAAGCAUUCAUGGAGCAGUUCAUAAAGCGAGUACUGCCCUUUCUAGGAAUCCACUUUCGGGGCCAUCAGGACAUGGUUGCGAAAAUAUUUAAAAAUUACUUGCAGGCCGGAACUCGUUCCUUACAGAAUGUUUGUGGGCAUGCCAAAGCUUCAAGAGAGCAAACACUGAUGGCUAUGGUGCCUGCAAUCAAAAAGACUAUGGAGACACUCAUAUUCGAGGUGAAGCUGAUGCUGGAGAACAACGAUGCUGGCGCAGCCUUCUGGCUUGGUAACCUCAAGCAUCGCAACUUGCGAGGUGAAGAGAUCAGCUCACAGCUGCCGACCAUGUCUGAAGAUGAGGAUAUGGGCGGCGAAGACGAUGCUGACGAUCAGGACGCAACAAGUGAUGCUGAGAGCCAAAGGAAAAAGUCUUCCGCUAAAACGUCUAAGAAGAGGGGACGCUCAGGAAGUGCGAAGUCGACAUCUGCGCCGCGCAAGACGCUCAAAACAUCUGCAAGCUCAAAGAAGGAACGAAAGGUGGUUAGUUCGCGAGCUAAGUUGAAGAUGCCGCGGAAAGAUGAGGAGGAUGGCGAGUCGCGCAUUCACACAAAGAGUCAAAUUACUAACAGCGACAUGAGCGAAGAGGAGCAGGAUCAAUUGGCUGGCGAUGGAGAUGAGAGUGACCAAGGAUCUUCACGUCCGAGACGUCAUCUUCGACGGAUCACUGCUGAAGAAGAGGAAGCAGAUGAGGAUAAUGUGCUGGAAGAAGAUGGAUACGGCGACCGAGCGAUCGAAGAGCAGGAAGAGAGAACCGAGCGGCGACGCCGGGUCAGGAAUCCAUAUAUUGACGAUACGGCUAUGGAGGAUGACGAUGAAGACGAAGAUGAAGACGAGGAAGAAGAGGAAGAAGAGGAAGAAGAGGAAGAGGAGGAAGAGGACGAAGAAGACGAAGAAGACGAAGAAGAAGAGGAUGAAGAGGAUUAGCAAUGCUAGUGCUUGAACAAUCUGGGUAGCAGCUCGAGGAAUUUUCUCUGCUUUACAUGUAGAUCCUGAACAGACAUUUUCAAGCCCGGUACGGAAAAAAUAAAUUGAAUUCGCACAGCCACAUGGGCAC